AUGUCUGACGAGGGGAAAGUGCAAACCCCUACCAAAUACUCCGGAGGAGCCAACAACUCCAACCCAGAGUCUCCUACAACCGCACGACCGCUAGACUUUGACGAUGAACCUCAAGACACAGGCAUUCUCUCUACGCCUUCCAAACCAGAGAACACCGCUGAAGUUGCCCCACCCAAACCACCGCGACCGGCCGAUCCGCGACAACAGGCUGAAGCCACGCUGAAGGAAGCGUUCCCCUCAAUCGAUGCAAGUGUAGUCAAGGCUGUCUUGACGGCUAGUGGAUAUAAUGUGGAAAGGGCUUUUCAUGCUCUUCUAGGCAUGACCGAUCCUACGGCUCAGGAAGAGCUUCCACCUCCACCACCGGCAAAGCCUCCACGGCCGUCUUACCCAGCAACCUCGACUACUCAGCAACAAUUGCGUGAAGAUGAGAUGUAUGCUCGCCGUCUGGCGGAACACUUCAAUGAUUCACAACCCCAAGGCAGGCAGGUACAAGGGCAGGGUUACAAUUAUGAAAACAAUUACGAAGAGGGACGAGAACGAAACUUUUUUGAUGACGAUUUACCAGUGAUCCGAGACAACAUCCGCAAGGGAUUCCUCGAAACUCAAUCCAAAGUCAAUGCAUGGGUACAGAAUUUCAAGAAAAGGCUUGAUGGCGAUGAGGAAGAGGAAGAAUCUGCUUCAGAUGGUUAUCUUCAAUCACAUGGAGAGACUCAAACUUAUGGCCGCGCACGACGAAGUGGCGAUUCUGCUCGACGCAGCGGUGAUCGGGAGCGCUACGACGCAGACCCGCAAGUUCUUGGAGAUGACUUUUCUGCACUGGAAUUGCGAGAUUCAGAAGCACCUCCUCCCCGACCUCCUCGCCCCCUUGCAAACAUUAGACCCGCCAAUACCUCUCAAGCAAGACGCAAAGUAUCUUUCCAAAAUGGCCCACCAGAGGAGAUUGACAAUCUCUAUGACGCUCCGAAGACUAAAACACCACCAACAGGAGGCAAGUCAAGCAAAUGGCAGCCUCUUUCCACAACUAGCCACUCUCCUGUCGGCGAAAACGACCCCUUUAGUCUCGGCGAUAGCGAAGAUGAACGCGACAACAAACCUAAGGAUGUUCCAGCGGGACAGGACGAUCAACUCAAGAAAUUGACCGCAGAAGCUGUGGAGUCGGAGAUUGGUUCUGAUUCGAAGGACGCUAGUAAGAAGGCGGAUGAUAAAUGA